AGCUAAUAUCUCGAGUGCUUGUGCUUUUUGACAAAUGCUCAUGCAGCGCAAUCAAACGGCAAAUUGAAGUUUUUUUUCCUUUUUCAUCUUUUGCUACUCAAGUUGCCUCGUUGGCUUUUCAUCAUCUUCCAGAGGCUGUGUCAGGCACGAGACAUGUCGGGCCGGUUGAAUCAUCAGCAUGCGGCGUAUGCCUGGCGUCAGGAGCAGGUGAACAACCGGGUUGAGGCGAUACAGCAGGUGAAUCGUUAUUACGACCAUUGGGGUCAGGUGACGUCGCGCUAUGAGAACUGGACCAAUAAGGAGUAUUACGACAAGGCCGACAAGCAACUGCAGCAGCGCAAGACUCAGCAGCAAAAGGAGCUUGAGCUGAAUGAGCGUCGCAUCAAGCUGCGGCAGCUUCUAGAUCAGGAUAAUAAUGUCUACGAUCUGGAACUGGGUCGCAAGCGUCGGCCUCGUGACGCACCCGCUGAUAUUAAGACUCUAGAGUCCAUUAACCAGUCAAUCCAGGAGCAGGAGCAGCUCAAGCGUAAACUGGAAUUGGAGGCCAAAUUGUACGGUCGCUGGCGCCAUGGCGUUGACGACGAAAAGCUGCUGUAUCAGUCCAAGUCCAACAACGAGGUACUGGCCAAACUCAACUGGCUGGACAAACAAAUAGAGCAGGAGCAGCAUCGAGAGGAGCGCGAGGCACUAGCCGCCGAGCAGCAGCUGUUGCUCCAACAGGAGAUGAGUCGAACCGAGCAGGCGCAGAAGGAGCGUCAGCUUAUACGCGAACAGGAAAUCAAGGAUAUACGCGCACUCCAGGAAUCGCAUAUGGCGGAGCUGAAAGAGCGCCAGGGGCAGGCGGAAAAGCUGAAGCAGGAGGAACAAAAUUUCCGCCUAUUUAUAACGGAACUCGAAAAGGAGAAAAGCCUGUUGGAGGAGUCCACAGCACUGAUGUUGCGUCAGUCGGAUGUAAAGCAGGCCUUCAAUCAGAAGAAGAUCAAGAUCUUCAUACGCAAUCGCAACGAGGCCUUUUGCAAACAGAUCUUGCUAUGCAUAAAUCUGCUCGAGCGCAUAGCCAAGUAUGCCAUUAGGACGGAGCAGCUGCAAGGUGUGCUCAAUAAAUGCAAGGAUCAACUGGAAAACGAAAAACUGGCCGCCAAUCAAAUCGAUACGAUGUACGAGUCAGAGGCCAAAUAUCAAUUGCAGAAAUGCGAGGAGAAUUGGCGUGAACAGCAUUUGCAGCGCUUCGGCGACAUCAACAGGAUAAUCGAGCAGGAGCAGCAGCUGCUGAGCGGCAUGCUGCGCGAGAAUGUCACCGAGCAGGAGUCGAUCGUCGAGCUGCGUGCCACACACAUUGCGGGCAUUGAGCAAGCCACCAAGAAGCUAGAGCAGCUCAUCAAAGAAGAUGAGCUCUCUUCGCCACGCUCCGAAGAAGGCAUAGAAGCCAUCGAAGCCGUGCCCUGUGAUAAACCCGAGCAGCCAAACGCUUGUCCCAGUCAGAUCGAUGCCGGCGAAGAGAAUGACCUGAUGCCCAAGGUCAGCGACUCCUUUACCAAUCUCAAUCUAGAUGUCUGGCAGGAUCUGCCGCCCGUACGUGGACGUGUGGAUACGCCACGCCUUGACAAUACGCGCUCAAUGAACGUUGUCGACCCACUAACAUCCGUUCCGCCCAAGUUUGCACGCAAACGCGUUGUCUGGACCUAAUUGCUCCAACGACGCACCACUUAAAUUUUAAAUGUACUUUUGACUAUUAACCUAGAUAAUCAAUG